UUGCACAGUGAGCAAUACGCAUGUCGAUUUUGGUUGAUGAAUCAUUUUAAACAAGCAAAUUUGGAGAAAGUUCUACUGAACGGUAUUUUGUCUUUUCGUCUUGUGAUUUCGUUUUGAACACUUGAACUUUCGAAUUCUAAGCUUUCUUGAGUUUAUAUUCUACAAGCAGAUAAUAGUUUUGCACUCGUAUUUGGUAUAUUUUGGUAAGUUAUAAUUAUCAUAAUACUUGACAAGAGAAACCGAACACAUAGAAAAACUACUUUUUUGACUAAUAAUACAUAUAUACAAUGGUAUAUAUGAAAGGUGUCAUCACCAUAUCAGUAAUUUAGGCAAAAACACCUUUGCAGGUACUGAAUACUGUUAGGGUAACAACUAAUCAUGUUGUGUGUGUUUAAUACGAAUUGUAAGCAAACGAGAAGACAAUGUUGUAACUUGAUGAAGUUAUGACUCCAGUAAGGUAACAAAAUGUACUUUUUUUCUAUGUGUUCAUUCAGGUUUGUUUUGUCAUUUAGUAUAUUAUUUAAAAAUAUAUCAAUACCUAUAGAGAAUUAUUUUCAGGGAUUAGCGAAAUGGAGGGUACGAUUAUUUACAAAAAUAAAUGUAGUGUGCCGGGCUGCGAUGACAAGGUGUCCAAAAGGCAUCGUUUUCCCAAAGAGGAACAGCUGCUGAAAAAAUGGAUUGAAAAUGUCAACGCGCCUCUUUUUAGUUCCAUGGAACCAAGCGAACUCUAUAACAAAUAUGUGUGUGAUAGACAUUUUUCUACCGAUUUCAAAGUUCCUGGAACAAGACGGGGACUUCGUAGAGAUGCUUUUCCGAAUAUUUGUUUAUCAGCAGUUGUCCUACAAGGGAAAGAGGAAGAUGACGUCCAUUUGACGUCAAUGGUUGAAGAAGCAGCCUCAGUAACUAGUGAUUUUAUUCAAUCACCAGUAAUCCCAAAUGUAGAAGAUGAAACUUGUUUGUCUCCUCCACAAAAUAAUUCGUGCACAACGCCGCCUAUGAAAUCAUCGAGAAAACGAGGGGGCAUUUUGCACAGUGUUGAUACAACCAGGCAAGCACAGUUGACACCCCGCUGCAAAAGGUUUUAUUCGAUGGCGUUGAAUUGGUCGGUAAAACAAAUGAGGAUGGGAAAGAAAAUAGGCAAUCUCCGGAUGAGAUUGGCUCAAGCAGAGAAAGUUUCUCAAUCUCCAGAGGGACUACUACAUGUGAAAGAUAAUAAUACCGAUGAAGCCCUCUGAUCAUAAAAACGUAAGCAUGAUCACCUAAACGUGUAGUCAAUUUUCCAACAUCUUCUAACACCAAUUAAACAUUCAUUUCGUAUAUAAUAAGCAGUAUGCGGAAAUUUAUCUUACGGAUGCAAUUCCCCAGUUGAAGCAAGGUGUGUUUUAUGGCGAGUAGCGGGGACGCUUUGAUCUGGUCCACAAGGUCGUCUCUAGGACUGUUUACAGCUAGUAAAAAAACUACUUCUAUAUUACUAUAUUACUUCAAAUACUAAUACUCGGUGCCCUUAUUAAUUUUUCAACCACAGGAGACACAGAUUUAUGAUCUUGAAAUGUUAUAUUAUGUUGAUAUAGUCCAAAAGAAAAAUAUAUUUGUAAUCAAAAUAUCGACGCAGCAGCACUGGAUCGAGCGUCUGAAACAUCAUUCCGCCCGUUGAUAAUAAGACAAAUUUGAUAUUAUCGUUAUCUCUUUUUUAUUAUCAACUUUUAUACAAUUUAUUUCACAAUAAAUUAGACUGUAUUGAUUUAAUAUAUAGUUCUGUUUUAUACUGAUUUCUAGCCGUACAAACAUCUCAGUUCGCUCUUCAG